UGGUUUUCACCACUCGCCCCGGGGAACCUGGUGGUCCAAAGGGAUCUCCAGGUUGGGGUGGUGCGGUAGGAAGAACCGCAAGCAGCCAGGAGGGUCGGUCUGUGACUUCUCCCCGAAACGUGCAAGGAGCGCGCUCUGGGGGGAAAACCGGACUCCACCGGCUUCCGACGACAAGCUUGCGACGGAGAGUCGGAGUCCCGAAGGACAGGUGAGGACGAGUGAGCGGACCAAAGGGAAGGACAGCCCGGGGUCACCAACCAGACCGCCAUGGCCGCGCCCGCCCGCCGACUGUGCCAUAUCGCCUUCCACGUGCCCGCAGGGCAGCCUCUGGCCAGGGACCUGCAGCGCCUCUUCGGCUUCCAGCCCUGGGCGGCGCGGGAGGCCGGCGGCUGGCGGCAGCUCGCCCUGCGCAGCGGCGACGCGGUCUUUUUGGUGAAUGAGGGCGCGGGGCCCCGGGAGCCGCUCUACGGCCUGGACCCGCGUCACGCCGUGCCCAGCGCCACCAACCUGUGCUUUGAUGUGGCGGACGCGGGUGCAGCCGCCCGGGCGCUGGCGGCAAAGGGCAGCUGCGUGCUGGUGCCUCCUGUUCGUGUGCAGGAUGCACUGGGUGCUGCCACCUACACCGUGGUCCGCUCGCCCGCAGGCAACCUCAGCCUGACGCUGCUGGAGCGCACCGACUACCGCGGACCCUUCCUGCCGGGUUUCCGCCCUCUGUCCUCCAAAACCGGCCCGGGAUGGUUCAGCCACGUGGACCACCUGACCCUGGCCUGCACCCGCGGCAGCUCCCCUACACUGGUGCGCUGGUUCCACGACUGUCUAGGCUUUCACCACCUGCCACUGAGCCCAGGUGAGGAUCCGGAGCUGGGCUUCGAGGUGACAGCGGGGUCUGGACAAGGGGGGCUGAGGCUCACUGCCCUGCAGACCCGGCCAUGCAGUGCUGUCCCCACCCUUGUGCUGGCCGAGUCCCUGCCGGGGGCCGCCAGAGGACUGGACCAGGUGCAGCAGUUCCUGGCCCAGCACAGAGGACCAGGCCUGCAGCACGUGGGACUGUACACACCAAACAUCAUAGAAGCCACUGAAGGGGUGACUUUGGCUGGGGGCCGGCUCCUGACUCCUCCAAAGGCCUACUACCAGCAGCCCGGCAAGGAAAGUCAGAUCCGAGCUGCAGGCCAUGAGCCCAACCAGCUGGCCCUGCAGGGAAUUCUGCUAGACGGCGAGAAAGGCAAGUUUUUGCUUCAGGUCUUCACCAAGUCGCUCUUUGCAGAGGACACCUUCUUCCUGGAGCUGAUUCAGAGGCAGGGGGCCACAGGCUUUGGCCAGGGCAACAUCCGGGCCUUGUGGCAGUCCGUGGAGGAGCAAGCUGCCAGGGACUGAGGAAGCUGAGGAAGCCAGAGCUGGCAGCCACCUGUCCUGGAGGUCUGGGGAGUUCAGCCCAGGGCCUGGUGGAAUAAGGCUAUGUCCCUAGGGGCCAGGUGUGGCCUCCAUUUCAUCAGUACCUGCCAGAAGUUGAAUCUCUCACUGGGGUCCAAAGAAGUUUGUUUUUAACUAUAAAACACUUUUUACAGUCUAUAUCUAAAUAAAGAAUACAGGAGUGUAACUCCUUUAGGAAAUGGAACAUAACCAACACUCUUGAAGACUUUUAUGUCCUUCUCUGACCUCAUUUCCCUUUACCCACUCCCAAUUUUAGGAUUAUUAACCCCUUGCUUUUCUGUAUUGAUUCACUACAUAUGUAAUUGAUCCCUAAAUAAAUGAUUUCUUAUUUGAGGUA